ACAAACGACAUGGACAACUACUCCAGCGAGGAGGUGGACACGUGGAUCUCGCAGUUCUGCUCGAUGUUCGGGCACGACUACUUCGUCGAGGUGACGCCCGAGUUCAUCGAGGACGACUUCAACUUGACGGGCUUGAGCUCGAUAGUGCCCUACUACAAGCAGGCGCUGGACGUGAUUCUGGACCUCGAGCCGGAGACGGCGGUGCAGCCGACAGACAUCCCGCUCGUGGAGCACGCGGCAGAGCUCUUGUACGGGCUGAUCCACGCGAGGUUCAUCCUCACGAAGCAGGGCUUGCACGCGAUGGCAGAGAAGUACGAGGAGAACUGCUUCGGCUCGUGCCCGAGGUACUACUGCGACGGGAUGCACCUGAUCCCUAUCGGGCGCUUCGACUCGCCCGGGAUCGAGACGGUCCGCCUCUACUGCCCGAACUGCAACGACAUCUAUCUCCCCAGCUCGUCGAGGUACCUCAACAUCGACGGCGCCUUCUUCGGGACCAGCUUUGUGGGCCUCUUCAUGAAGAUGUUCCCCGAGAUCGACCGCCAGACGAAGCAGCGGACCCGGGACCAGUUCCAGCUCAAGCUCUUUGGCUUCCGAUUGAACGAGGCGGCGCCGUGCGGGCCCCGCAUGAGGUGGCUCCGCUGCUGGCCCUCGUCCAAGACAGACAUGGUGGAGUACAAGAAGUGCGAGUUCGAGAUCCCA